UAAAAAUAGUUGUAAGACUUAUUUUGGUAUUUAAGUUUUUUUUAAACUUACAGCAUUUUGUUAAUACUAAGAUUAUAGAAACGAUUGCUCUUGUAUUGUGGCAAUAUAAUUUUUCACUAAGAGGUGAUUUUGAUCGAGUGACUUGAAAUUGGAAGAUGUCAACCCCGGCCAACGAGAACUCCUGCACCCGCCUGACAAAGUUUAAGAACAAGGGUAAAGACGCCAAUGAAUUGCGACGCAGGAGAAUCGAAACCAAUGUUGAACUGCGGAAAGCAAAAAAGGAUGAUCAGCUGUUUAAAAGGAGGAACGUGAGCAGUUUCCCUGAUGAAAACGUGUCUCCCCUUCAGGAGAAGAAUAGCAUCCAGGUACAUAUGAGUUUGGAAGACAUAAUCCAAAGCCUCCAGAGCAAUUUAUUGGAAACUCAACUGCAAGCGACUCAGGCUGCUAGGAAGCUGCUUUCUAGAGAGAAACAUCCUCCCAUUGACAAAAUUAUUCAGGCUGGGCUCAUCCCCAAAUUUGUAGGAUUCCUUGGGAACUUUAACUGUAGCCCUAUCCAGUUUGAAGCUGCAUGGGCCCUCACCAACAUAGCUUCUGGAACUUCUGAUCAGACCAAGGCAGUCGUUGAUGGUGGUGCUAUUACAGCAUUCAUCAAUUUGUUAGCUUCUCCGCAUCCACACAUCAGUGAACAAGCAGUAUGGGCUUUAGGAAACAUUGCAGGUGAUGGAUCACACUACAGAGACUUGGUUAUCAAGUGUGGAGCCCUUGACCCAUUACUUGCAUUAUUGGCUGUUCCUGAAUUAUCUGCAUUAUCGUCGAGUUAUUUGCGAAAUUUAACUUGGACGUUGUCAAAUCUCUGCCGUAACAAGAGCCCAUCUCCACCUAUAGAAGCAGUAAAGCAGAUUCUGCCAGCCCUUGUACGCCUUCUACACCAUGAUGAUAAAGAAGUUCUUACAGAUGCAUGCUGGGCCAUCUCUUAUCUAACAGAUGGCUCAAAUGAUCGCAUUGAAGUGGUGGUGUGCACUGGUGUGGUGCCACGCUUGGUGCAGCUGCUGGCAUCAUGUGAGCUAUCAAUAGUGACUCCUGGGCUCAGGGCAGUGGGCAAUAUUGUGACUGGUACAGAUGAUCAGACACAGAUUGUGAUUGACUCUGGUGUGUUGAACUACUUUGGUGCUCUGCUAAUCCACUCAAAGAGCAACAUCCAAAAGGAAGCUGCCUGGACAAUUUCAAACAUUACAGCUGGGAAGCCAGAGCAAAUCCAAGCUGUUAUUGACAAUGGACUAGUUCCGCCCCUCAUUCAAUUGCUUAGAAAGGGUGACUUUAAAUCCCAGAAAGAAGCAGUCUGGGCUGUAACAAACUACACAAGUGGUGGGACAAUUGAACAAAUUAUCUACCUUGUUCAGUCUGGAGUUGUUGAGCCAUUAUUGGCCCUGCUAUCAGUGAAAGACUGCAAGACCAUCCAAGUCAUUUUAGAUGCUAUUACUAAUAUAUUCCUGACUGCAGAAAAAGUUAAUGAAACAGAUAAGCUUUGUCUAUUGAUCGAAGAAUGUGGAGGUCUAGACAAAAUUGAAGCACUCCAAUCCCAUGAAAAUGAACAGGUGUAUAAAGCUUCCCUGAACCUGAUAGAAAAAUACUUCUCAGAAGAGGUUGAGGAAGACCAGAAUGUUGUACCAGAUGCUACUGAAGAAGCUUUUACAUUUCAGGCUGAGAAUCCUGCUGUAACCUUUGACUUUUGAAAAACAUCUUAGUUUAAUGUGCCACUAAUGUCCUGUUUAGUUAUUUCCUUUUUCUUGUGACUGUCAAACUUAGUCUAGCAUUUCACACUUGUCAUACUUGACUCUUCUCCUGUACAUUUGUAUAAAAUUUAAUCUGUUCAAUUUUUGUAAUUUUGAUAGAAUGUAAAUACUUGAACUAUUCUAUGUUACUCUUUCCUGAGUGCUGCAAGGACCCCUUUGUUAAUACCUUGGUUUCAAAUUAAAAAUUAAUAAAGUCCUUUUGGAAAAACUA